AGAACACUGGCCCCCUGACCUGACUCAGGGCUCUCUCGGCAGUACUCGCAGCCGGGGCCAUCUGCGGGCGCACGGGGCGGGGAGCGGGUGCGGGCCACCGGCGGGAGGACGGGCGGGGCGGGCUGCCGCGACGCAGACUGGGCGGAGCCGCCCCCGCCCUCGCUCCCUCCGUCCCUCCUCCCGCCAGCCCCAGGCUCCGGGGGUCCGAGCCACGCGCUCUUUCUCCGACAGCUGCCUGAGGAGCCCAACGCGCCGUGCCGCGUCCUGCCCCGUCUGUCCUCGCGGGUCGCCGCGCUAUGACCACCCAGCAAAUAGUCCUCCAGGGUCCGGGACCAUGGGGCUUCCGCCUCGUGGGGGGCAAGGACUUCGAGCAGCCUCUCGCCAUUUCCCGGGUCACUCCCGGGAGCAAGGCUGCUACAGCGAAUUUAUGUAUUGGAGAUGUAAUCACAGCUAUCGAUGGGGAAAAUACCAGCAAUAUGACACACUUGGAAGCUCAGAACAAAAUCAAGGGCUGCACGGACAACAUGACUCUCACGGUAACCAGAUCUGAACAUAAAAUCUGGUCUCCUUUGGUGACAGAAGAAGGGAAACGUCACCCAUACAAGAUGAAUUUAGCCUCUGAACCCCAGGAGGUUCUGCACAUAGGAAGUGCCCACAACCGGAGUGCCAUGCCCUUUACUGCCUCACCUGCCUCCAGCUCUGCCCCCAGGGUCAUCACAAACCAGUACAACAACCCUGCUGGCCUCUACUCCUCUGAAAACAUCUCCAAUUUCAACAACCUCUUGGAAUCAAAGACUGCAGCCAGUGGGCAGGAGACAAAUGGCAGAGCUUUAGACCAUUCUCAGCCUCCAAGUGGACUCGUCAUCGACAAGGAAUCUGAAGUUUACAAGAUGCUUCAGGAGAAACAGGAGUUAAAUGAGCCCCCGAAACAAUCCACUUCAUUCCUGGUUUUGCAGGAAAUCCUGGAGUCUGAGGAGAAAGGGGAUCCCAAUAAGCCCUCAGGAUUCAGAAGUGUUAAGGCUCCAGUCACCAAAGUGGCUGCAUCGAUUGGAAAUGCCCAGAAGUUGCCCAUGUGUGACAAAUGUGGCACUGGCAUUGUUGGCGUGUUUGUGAAGCUUCGAGACCGCCACCGCCACCCUGAAUGUUAUGUGUGCACCGACUGUGGCACCAACCUGAAACAGAAGGGCCAUUUCUUUGUGGAAGAUCAAAUCUACUGUGAAAAGCACGCCCGGGAGCGGGUCACACCACCUGAGGGCUACGACGUGGUCACUGUGUUCCCCAAGUGAACCAGCAGAUCUACACGAAACGCUGUUCUCUAACUAGGCCCUGCUGCAGCCUGAUCUCUGAAUGCUCUGGCCCUCUCUUCUCUCAAAAGUUCUUGCUUACUUAGGUUUUAUCCCUCCGCAUUAAACAUUGCGUCCCCCUGCUUUUGCUAACUGAGUCACACUAGCUGUGUGAUGCCUGCUUUUACAAUUAACAGGAUUGUUUUGUUCAGUGUCUUCUUGCCAGUAUCGCUGUGUUUUCUCUUCACCUCAGUUCCUCACUGCUGCAAAUGGACAUCAGCCAAAUUUGAACCAAACUGAAUUUAACCUGUCUGACAGUGAUUUUGUUUUUAUGCAAUAAAUGUAUAGACUCCAA